GCGGCGAUGACCGCGCAGCGCGCCCCGCGGGCCCGGCCCUGAGCCCCGCCGCCCGCGAGCACCGCCGAGGUCCGCACUGGCCGAGAUGACGCCGAGCCCCGCGUUGGUGCUGCCGCUGCUGCUGCUCCUGGGGGCCCUCCCGCCGGCCACCGCCGCCCGAGGCCCCCCGAGGAUGGCGGACAAGGUAGUCCCGCGGCAGGUGGCCCGGCUAGGCCGCACUGUGCGGCUGCAGUGCCCCGUGGAGGGCGACCCGCCGCCACUGACCAUGUGGACCAAGGAUGGCCGGACAAUCCACGGCGGCUGGAGCCGCUUCCGCGUGCUGCCCCAGGGGCUGAAGGUGAAGGAGGUGGAACGGGAGGACGCCGGCGCCUACGUGUGCAAGGCCACCAACGGUUUCGGCAGCCUCAGCGUCAACUACACCCUCAUCGUGAUGGAUGACACCAGUCCAGGAAGGGAGAGCCCGGGGCACGACGGCUCUUCCGGGGGCCAGGAAGACCCAGCCAGCAAGCAGUGGGCCCGGCCCCGCUUCACGCAGCCCUCCAAGAUGAGGCGCCGGGUGAUUGCGCGGCCCGUGGGCAGCUCCGUGCGGCUCAAGUGCGUGGCCAGUGGGCACCCACGGCCCGACAUCAUGUGGAUGAAGGAUGACCAGGCCUUGACGCGCCCGGAGGCUGGUGAGCACAGGAAGAAGAAGUGGACCCUGAGCCUGAAGAACCUGCGCCCCGAGGACAGCGGCAAGUACACGUGCCGCGUGUCGAACCGCGCGGGCGCCAUCAACGCCACCUACAAGGUGGACGUGAUCCAGCGGACGCGCUCCAAGCCUGUCCUCACGGGCACGCACCCCGUGAACACGACGGUGGACUUCGGAGGCACGACAUCCUUCCAGUGCAAAGUGCGCAGCGACGUGAAGCCCGUGAUCCAGUGGCUGAAGCGCGUGGAGUAUGGCGCCGAGGGCCGCUACAACUCCACCAUCGACGUGGGCGGCCAGAAGUUCGUGGUGCUGCCCACGGGUGACGUGUGGUCGCGGCCCGACGGCUCCUACCUCAACAAGCUGCUCAUCACUCGCGCGCGCCAGGACGACGCGGGCAUGUACAUCUGCCUGGGCGCCAACACCAUGGGCUACAGCUUUCGCAGCGCCUUCCUGACCGUGCUGCCCGACCCCAAGCCGCCAGGGCCGCCCGUGGCCCCCUCGUCCUCCACCACCAGCCUGCCGUGGCCAGUGGUCAUCGGCAUCCCAGCCGGCGCCGUGUUCAUCCUGGGCACCGUGCUCCUGUGGCUCUGCCAGACCAAGAAGAAGCCAUGCGCCCCCGCGCCCGCCCCUCCGGUGCCUGCACAUCGCCCGCCCGCGACGGCCCGCGACCGCGGCGGGGACAAGGACCUGCCGGCACCCCCCACCCUCGGUGCCGGCCCCGGUGUGGGGCUGUGUGAGGAACUCGGGCCCCCGGCGGCCCCCCAGCACCUGCUGGGCCCGGGCUCAGCCGCCGGCCCCAAGCUUUACCCCAAACUCUACACGGACACGCACACGCACACGCACUCACACACGCAUUCGCACGUGGAGGGUAAAGUCCACCAGCAUCAACACAUCCACUACCAGUGCUAGGCUGCCUCGGGGUGGGCUUGCGGAGGUCCGGCCAGCCGCGCAGGCUUGGGGCGAGGCCACAGAGGAAGAUGGACUGCGGGUGCGAGGCGCCCCACGUGAGACACACACACACCUGGACGCACACACAUGCAUGACAUACCUCUGGACACACACACAGAAUUACACAUACACACACACACACACACACACACACUCUCAGACUAAGAAGCCUUUGGGAAGGUCUGUAUUGUAACUCUGCAGUGCGCAUGUAGCGAUGGGCUAGCUCAUGAAGGAAUCCCUUGGCCCCAUGAUAAGGAUUUCAUGGGGGCCAUGGUCACCCCCCCACCCCGGCCUGGCAGGAGAUCUGAGAGGCACCCUGGCUUUGCAAACCAAAAACUCCGACCCCUUCCCUACGCCUGCCCGCCUGUGUCCCUGCCCAGGCUAUUUUUGCCACCACCUGUCCUGGGUGUCCAGGAGUCCACCAGUGCCCUGGGCAGGGGGGUCGGGCGGAGCAGCCCUAGGCUCCGUCCUGAGAGGCCGGAGCUGGCUGGGGGUGCCUCCCGUCCCACUGCCAGAGAGAAGGGGCCCUUGAUAUUUAUAUUUAAGAAAUUAAGAUAAUAAUAUUAAUAAUGAUGAAAGGAGGGCUGGGCCACAGAGACUUGGCCUCUCCUGAGGCCCAGGACCCACCUGGCCUUUUGGCCACACUGGAUGUCCACCUCGGAGCCGGGCAUCCAUUGCCCCACUCCCCGUGGCGGCCCCAGGCCUCUGUAAUUUUAUAUAGAGUUUGAGCUGAAGCUUCGUAUAUUUAAUUUAUUUUGUUAAACAAGAAAAUGUGCAUCCUUUCCUCUAA